ACGAGAAAGCGCGUGACAUACCCGUGGAACUUCGCUAUGGCGUUGAACAGCCGUGUUUGAUAGACAGGCUAGGAUCUGAAACAUCCCGGACUGACGCGUCUGCGCGCAGAAACCUUCUGCUAGCCACGGCGGGACAACAACUAAACAUGAGCUCCAGAAUUAAGGAGAGCCCAGAGUCAACAUUUGAAGUGUAUCUGGAAGUAGCUAACCCAGGGAAGCAUCGCUCUGGACCGGAGGUGCAAAGGCAGUUUCCUGCAGACUACCCCGAUCAGGAAACUCUUCUUACUGUGCCAAAGUUCUGCUUCCCCUUCAGCAUGGACAGCCUAACAAUUAACCAAGUUGGCCAGAACUUCACAUUUGUGUUGACUGACAUUGAGAGUAAGCAGAGAUUUGGUUUUUGCCGCCUCUCUUCUGGAGCACACACCUGCUACUGCAUUCUCAGUUACCUGCCCUGGUUUGAAGUUUUCUACAAGCUGCUGAAUAUCCUUGCGGACUGCACUGUCAAAUGCCAGGAAAGCCAAUGGCAAGAGCUCUUGGUGUCACUACAUACUCUCCCCAUACCUGAGCCUGGAGUCCCCGUUCACCUUGGUGUGCAUUCCUUCUUCACCGUGCCUGACAUGAGGGAACUACCCAGCAUACCCGAGAAUAGAAACUUAACAGAGUACUUUGUAGCAGUAGAUGUCAAUAACAUGCUUCAUCUGUACGCUAGUAUGCUUUAUGAACGUCGAAUCCUCAUCUGCUGUAGCAAACUGAGCACUUUGACAGCUUGUGUACAUGGGUCUGCAGCCAUGUUGUAUCCAAUGUACUGGCAACAUGUUUACAUUCCUGUGCUUCCUCAGCAUCUGUUAGACUACUGCUGUGCGCCUAUGCCUUUCCUCAUAGGAGUACAUGCCAGCCUAAUGGAGAAAGUUCAAACGAUGGCUCUGGAUGAUGUGGUGCUUUUAAAUGUAGACACCAACACCCUGGAAACCCCCUAUGAUGACCUUCAAAGCCUUCCUAAUGAUGUGGUUUCAUCCUUAAAAAGUCGUUUGAAAAAAGUUUCGACAACAACGGGUGAUGGUGUUGCUCGAGCCUUUCUCAAGAGUCAGGCCUCUCUGUUUGGCAGCUACAGGAACGCUCUGCAGAUUGAAGCGGGGGAACCGAUAACAUUCAAUGAAGAGACCUUUAUCAACCAUCGUUCAAGUGCCAUGAAACAGUUUCUCCAGAAUGCUAUUCAGCUGCAGCUCUUUAAACAGUUUAUUGAUGGCCGCCUGGACCUGCUAAACUCAGGAGAGGGCUUCAAUGACAUUUUUGAAGAUGAGAUCAACAUGGGAGAAUAUGCAGGCAGUGACAGGACCUACUACCAGUGGCUCCUCACUGUGAAGGCAGUGACAGGACCUACUACCAGUGGCUCCUCACUGUGAAGAAAGGGGGUGGAGCUAUUUUCCAAACUGUGAAGACCAAGGCAAACCCAGCCAUGAAGACUGUCUACAAAUUUGCAAAGGACCAUGCAAAAAUGCGCAUCAAAGAAGUCAAAAGUCGGCUGAAGCAGAAGGAGCAGGGAGAGAACGGCUUCACCACCCCUGGGUCAGCAGUCGAUGAUGACAGCACAGCAGAAUUUGCCUUCCCCGCCGCUGCAGUCAUGAGGGGGGAACCUCAACGAACGUGGGACGGCCACAGGCCAGUCACUGUGCACUUUGGACAGGCCCAGCCACCAACAUUAUUGAAGAGGCCAAGUAGUAAUGUGAGUCUGGAAACCAGCUGCGACCACUCUGUCCGUCCUACUCGUCACUAUACAGUGUUUCUGUCAGAGGAUUCAUCUGGGGAUGAGCUCCAUUAUGAUGAUGAGUCCAUCUCUGGCUUUCCUGACAGUUUUCUUUUCUCCGCCCCUUUCGACUGGUCACUUCUGCCACAGCCUUACCGCUCACUUAAGGAGGUGGAGUUGAUAGAAGGAGAUCUUGGUUUGGGAGCAGAAAGCCACACCGCUCCUCCUAGUCCAGUUACAUUUACUGAAAGGUUCUCUAACGUCAACCUCCUUGGGGACAUUUUUGGCUGCCAGGAUGAACCUGAGUGUCAACCAAUCACCCUGGCUAAGAGUCUGGAAGACCUGAGAACACCUAAAGACUCUGAAGAGUUCCAAGCCAAGUUCACCUUCCAGAAGUUGGACCUGAGCAUCAGUGAAAACUCCCGAACGCUUCCGGGACUCAAGCUUGCCAAUCCUUACAACAAGCUGUGCAGUUUAGGCAGGGACACUUCCCUUUUGCCUAUCUCUGUGCGUCCUGCUUGCGAUAGACCUCCAUCUGUUCAACUUCCAGUGCCAAUUGAAUCCUGCUCCCCGCUCCCGGAAAGCUCUAUUACAGCAGUGGACUCUUUAGAUCCCUCUGCCAUUGGCAACAUAACCAUUCCUCGACCCCAGGGAAGGAAGACGCCCGAGCUGGGAACUGUUCUGGCACCCCCUGCUGUCCAGUCACGUUCCAAAGCCACAGGUUAUGGGGAAGGAAGAACUACUCCAGGAAGAGAAGAAUUUAGGCAAGCUUUGAGCAUGACCUCAGAUGAACACCAGCAGGGGCCCUCAAAGGCUGAUGAGGACAGUAUGGAUUUGAUCAAUCUUUUAGACCCCUUGAACAGCUCAACUCUAACAGACGGGUUAGAUAUCAGUGCAUCAUCUCCAUGCAAGCCAGCACUACCCCCCAGGCCCUACCCACAGGGUUUGCCACCUUUCCCUCUUCAUCCUCACAUAUCACUAAACCCAUUUGCCCAGUCAUUGCAGCACUACUCUCCAACUAUUAGUAGCAAUCCUUUUAGUGCAGUCUAUGGACCUCCACCAGGCCCUUACAUGCAAACUUCUUCCCAGCCACAGUCCUUAUCUACACUACCUGGACUCCACAGACAGCCAUCCCCCUGCAGUUCCUCUAUGCCUCCCAGCCUUGGUCUUGCCCCAUCAGCAGCCCCCUCUUCAGUCUCCUUUCUGCCUCGCUCCUCUGACAGCAGCCAUGCUCUCUCCAGCCUGGUGGACUCUGCCUCUGUCCUCAGCACACCUAUGAGCACGCUGCCAAAGCCACUACAUGCACAAGGAGAAAAUCAGAAACCUAAGGAUCCUUUUGGAGACUUGCUCAAUAUGGCCACACCUGUUAUACCACAGAAGAAGAAGGCAGAGGACCUCAGAAGGAAGUGGGAAACAUUUGACUAAUUCUAUGUAUCAUAUGGGCUCCUUUCUCUGUUCUGACAUUGUCUUUUUCUGUUGCUUUUCACCAUUGCUGCUUCCAGAUGUUUAAGAAUAUCAGCUGAGUACAUGAAAUCCGAGGGAGCCACUGUUUUUAUGUUUGCCAGUACUAAUUACAAAGGACAAUAAUCAACUAUAUAGCAUAUUCUAAAGCAGGCUUAAAUUCCUGGAAAGAUCUGAUAAAUCCAUGAAGUGGGAAAGCAGUUUGUCAGUGUGGUCUGAGCUGGUGUUGGCCAUCAAAUUCUCGCUCAGUCCUGCACACCUGCAGCUGCAAAUUGAAGGUGUGCAAAAAGUCACACGGCUUAUGGUUCUAGCUAUUAUGAGGGAUUGUAACAGUGUUUGCUGUCUAACAGAACUUUGAGCUGUAAGCUGAAAGAAUGAAGCCUUUGAUUGGAAACUGUUACCGACAGUUAUUGUGUUUAGAUUGAGAGAUGAGCAGUCUGGUCAUCCACUUGGUUCAGCUUCUUUGAAUGGUCUGUUUAAGGAAGUAAAUCUUUUGGAUCCAGCAUCUGAAAUGGCUUUUGAUUCCUUUAUUUAUUACAAUGUUAAAAAUGGUAUAUAACCAUCAACUUAUUUACUGAUUGAGCUUUUCUUCAGCUCUCAAGAAUGUCCUAAUGCUGCUGCAUAGAGUUAAUUUAAUGAAUUAGUGGCAGUGGCUCAUACACUACACCUGACAGUCUGGAUCAAGAAGGGAGGAAUCAUGACAUCCCCACCCCACUGUCCUCUGACCACUACCUGUACUGGUGCUCGGUGUGUUUCUAGUGCUGACUGAACCUGAUCUCAGAAGAACUCACUCUGUAUCAUUUGUCAAUGACCAGCAGUUCCGUGGCACCACAUCUUAUCUGAACAUAGCUUCGCUUCAAGUUCAAUGCCAACAGUUUGCAGCACAUUGCUAAUUAUCUACACUACUUUUCCUUCUAGCUCCCUCUAGUGUCAUUGGCCUUUAGUACUACAGCAACACCCCCUAUUGAUCCCAAAAGCACACUGUGUUUUCCAGCUAGCCUGCUAAAAUACCAUCCUGAAGCCACUAUUGUAGCCACACAUGGUUAUAUCUGUCCAUCCAGCCUUUGUUUUAAUCAUGGUUUUGUUGUUUCUCACAUUGUGCCCUUUUCUCUUGGCCUUUAUGAUUCUUAUUUUAUGUGUCUGUACUUGACCUGUUAAUGUUUCCUCUGUUCUUAAAAACUACUUUAAGCAGACACGCAUCUACAAUAGACUAAUCCCUAAAAUAAUUUUACAAUUUCUGUCUAAAUAAAUAUAAAUAAGAUUUUUGAAGCAC